AUGUGGUUCGGAGAGAACGUUGCGCGGGUGUCCUUUUUCCGGCGCCCUAGUUCCGGAAGGUCGGUCCAGGGGCCUCCGCCGGGCCGCCACCUCUCCCAGGGCCGCGGGGCGAAACCGCGACGGCGCACCUCGGGGCGGGCGACAGGCGUAGGCUCUUUCGCCUCCGCUGUCCGAAACGUCCCCCUGCGCGACCCCGGGUCCCGGGCCGUCGGCGGGAGGUCAGGGAAGGGCCGCGCGGGCCGCCCUGGGGGUGAGGGGAUUUCCUCCCUGGCGGCCCCGCUCGGGCCGCCUCACGGCAGCUGCUCCUCCGGGACCCGCCCCUGCUCGGCCCCGCGUGCGGCAGGAGGGGCAGAGUCCGCGCGGCCGCGGGGCCGGGCGUUGGGCUCGCUGGGCCGGAGCAGCAGCGCCGCCUGCCGGGGCCUCGCGUUCCCGCGGUCGCUGCGCCCACCAAGACGCGCCCCACGCCGGCGAGGCCGCGGGUUCGCGCCUCGGAGCUGGGCUUCCACCAACACUCGGCUCCUCCGGGUUCAACGCAAAGUCUCUUCGGCCCCCGGCGGUCGCGGCGCCCGCCAUGGGAAACAGUAUGUCAACUCCAAACAAACUGUCCCCACGAAGGAAAGAUCUCGCCGGCGUCUCGGAGCCCGCCUUCCGCGUCUGCCCGUGUUUCGGCGGCCAUGGAGGGCUCUGGGCACGCGCCUCGGGCCCUCGCUCCGACCCGCGGGGCAGACGCCGCGGACCUCCCCGGGGAGCCCCCAGGCCGCGGGGAGACUGAGCCGGACAGGGGCGCGACCUUCUCGGCCAUGGCCGGGCCGCCUGCGGGAAACCGGCGCCGGCGGAGCGCCCCAGGAGGCCCUUGGCACCGGGGUGCGCUCUGGGCAGACUGAGGUGUCGGGGGAGGAUCCAGGCGCCCGAGGCCGGGUGGGACGCCAGCAGAUGCCCGCUCGUCCACUCCUCCGGAGCGCAAGAGGGAGCUGCGACCACCCGCGCCGCGCACGGGGCCUUGGCACCUGGCUGAGCGCGUCGCCCGAGAUAUUUUGGACAACUGGCUUAUCUGGGCACGGGCAAGAAGUUUUCUUCUGUCCGAAAGACUCCAAAACUAAAAUCCAGACGAUAGUUUCUCUGAGGUAGAGGUGGAGCAGGGCGGGGGACGACGACAAAAUUUCCGGCUGAGGAAACAGCUUGCUGCUUCUCUGUUUUGUCUGCUUUUAGAUUUGCAAAAGUAACCGCCCCCCCUCCCCCCGCUUUAUUCGUAAAUAGCGCUGAAAAUUCACGCACCGAACAGCUUCAGAGGGCGAGAUCAUUAGGUGAAUAGCUUUUUGGUUCUCCGCUCUGGCCACGUGUCACCCAAGAGGAGUUAUCAAAACACUCCAUGCAAUGCACACACACCUUACCAUAAUUCUGCUAGAAAACGGAGAAUGUGGCGAGGUCUGAAGAAAGUCUCAUUGUGUCUAGUUGUUGCUUUUAAUACAUUAGAUACACAAAGUGAAAGAACAAUACACUGAGUGUUUUUCAUGAGGAAAAGGCAGAGCCUGCCCAGGUCUGCGGUUUAGGCACUUAAUCCUUUUCACUGAUU